GGAUCGCUCGGGGCUGUCAGUGGGAGCAAGAGCAGCAGCCCUUGCUCGGUGGCUUCCGCGCCUCUGGGACGUUUCUCUCGCCUCAGCCCCUGGACGCAGGUGGCAGCUGAGUUCGGUGCUUUCCUUGACUUGCAAAGGCUCGGCUGGUCUGCUGCCAGGCUACCGGCCGAAAUCUUCCGUGUUUUGAAAUGUCUCUCUUGAACAUCUUGAUACGUGUGUUACUUGCCCCCUCCCCACGCGUCCUGGGUGCCCCCAGAUGAUCUCCAUACACUUCUGAAGGGGACUGCUUCAUCUAAAGGCUUUGGGCUCAUCCAAAUAUCCUUUCACAUAGGACUACGGGAGUAUGCUGCUUGCAGAGGCUCUGCUGGAAAAAUGUUUGAAAGAAAACUUUGCCAAACUGAAGGACUCCAUUCCACUGACAGAGAAGAAUGAUCCUAAACUGAGUGAAGCUAAACAGCACCUGACCAGUAUCUUAAGCAGAGGAAAACUACGUCCUAAGUAUAUGACAGAGGCUAUGCUGAUCCUAGGAAAGCUUCAUUAUGUGGAAGGAUCCUACAGAGAUGCCAUCAGCAUGUAUGCAAGAGCAGGAAUUGAUGACCUCUCAACAAAAGGUGAACCCCUGUACAUGCUGCGUUUGGUAACUGAAGCCUUCGUUAUUAAAGGUCUGUCACUGGAGCGCUCAACCAACUCCAUUGCCUCACGUGCUCGACUGUGUGAAAGAGAGGAGGAAGUCAUGGCUUGUUUUGAGACAGCAUGUGUCAUUGCCCAGGUGUACUUGCAGGAGCUUGAAAAGACCUUAAGCAACACACAUUCAAGGAGUAUCAAGGGCAGCAAUGUGACUUACUCUGAGUUUGAACUUCCCUACUUCCUGGAAGCAGCUCUACAGAGUGCCUAUGUGACUCAUUUAAAGAAGGGUAAUAUUGUGAAAGGAAUGAGGAGCCUGCGAGAAAUACUACGGACUGUGGAAACAAAAGCUACUCAGACCUUCAAAAUGACUGCAGCCAAACAGCUUGCCCAACUGCUUCUCCAUUCUCUCAGUGAAGACUGUUACUGGAGCCCUUUAUCUGAUCCACUUCCUGAGUUCAUGAACAAGGAAGAUCAGUCUUAUGUUAGCAAUCUUCUUUGUCGGAGGCCUGAGCUGUACACAGAAGAGAAUGCAUACUGCCCACAAGACAACGUAGAAGAGGCUCUUCUUCUCCUCUUAAUCAGUGAAUCCAUGGCAAACCGGGACGCAGUGAUCAGCCGAGCCCCAGAGCAGCAGGUUGACCGAGCUGUCAGCCUCCGGGAUGCUUCUGCAGUCUACGACCUCCUCAGUAUCACGCUGGGCAGAAGAGGGCAGUAUGUCAUGCUUUCUGAGUGCUUAGAGAGAGCCAUGAAGUUUGCAUUUGAUGAAUUUCACCUCUGGUACCAGCUUGCUCUGUCCAUGGUGGCUUGUGGAAAGUCAGCAUAUGCUGUGUCAGUGCUCAAAGAGUGUGCUAAGCUGCGACCUACAGAUCCCACCGUUCCUCUUCUGGCUGCCAAGGUCUGCAUUGGGUCCCUGCACUGGCUGGAAGAAGGAGAAAACUUUGCUAAAAUGGUGAUAGACCUGGGUGAGGAUGCUGGAGAGUUCCUAGCAAAGGGUUACCUGGCACUGGGUCUGACAUACAGUCUUCAGGCUACUGAUGCUACUCUGAAGGGCACUCAGGAUGAAUUAAACAGGAAAGCACUUCAGACUUUGGAGAGAGCACGUGACUUGGCCCCAGAAGAUCACCAAAUCAUCCUCUACCUAUCACUGCAACUGGCUUUUGUCAGACAGAUUUCUGAUGCUAUAGAACAUCUUCAAGAAGCACUACAACUAUGCAAAGAUGACAUGAAUUCACUUCAUCUACUGGCCCUCCUCUUUUCAGCUCAGAAGCACUAUCAACAUGCGCUGGAUGUCAUCAACAUGGCUGUUGUUGAAUAUCCAGAAAGCUUUAGCUUACUCUUCACCAAAGUAAAACUGGAAUGGAUACAUAAAGGACCUGAAGAAGCUUUGGUGACAUGCAGACAUAUGUUGCAGAUGUGGCAGAUGGUAUAUAAUGUUUUACAGCACAGUGGCUCUGAGAAAGGAAGCAGUGUGACUGAAACACCAGUGAUCAAAAAGCAUAAUGGACUGCAUCUCACACUCCCAGAUGCUCAUGAUACUGAUUCUGGAUCACAACGAGCCUCUUCCCUUGCUGCAUCAAGACUAGAACAGGCCAUGUCUGAAAUAACUAUGCAGAGCAGCACAAUGAAGCAAGGACCUAUGCAGCUGUGGACAACUCUUGAACAAAUCUGGCUACAAGCUGCUGAACUCUUCAUGGAACAACAGCAUCUCAAAGAAGCAGGCUUUUGUAUCCUGGAGGCAGCUAGUCUUUUCCCCACAUCUCAUGCUGUACUGUACAUGCGUGGGAGGCUUGCAGAGAUGAAAGGCAAUUUGGAGGAGGCUAAGCAAUUGUAUGAUGAAGCGCUCACAGUGAAUCCAGCUGGAGUGGAAAUUAUGCACAGCCUGGGCCUGGUGCUGAGCAGACUUGGGCGGAGGGACCUGGCUCAGAAAGUCCUCAGAGAUGCCAUCCAGAUCCAGACCACCAGUCACAAGGCCUGGAACAGCCUUGGAGAGGUCUUGCAAGCUCAGGGGAAAAAUGAAGCAGCCAUCGAAUGCUUCCUCACUGCUCUGGACCUCGAAUCCAGCAGUCCUGUCAUCCCAUUCACUGUCAUACCCAGGGAGCUCUGAAACUUUGCCCUGCAACUAAGGACCUUCAUUCCACGGACAGACAGCAAAAGCAAAAAAAUAAACAAAGGAAAAGCCCAACAGAAAAGUGCCAUUGUAACAUGGAACUGGGCAAAAUAAUUCCAGGAUGGGCUCGGGUCUACACACUCAGCUGAGAGAAGCCUAACUGUAGAAGAAUUUGCAACAGGCAGAAAUAGAGAAUGCCUUUCUAUUCACAGGUGCCUGGCUCACCUCCUCUUCUAGUUAAUAGCAAGGCUUAUUUCAAAGUGUUGGUUCAAGGUCACUGUCUGUAGAAUAGAUUAUGCGAGGGUAUGGCUGUUCUAAGCCCUUGCACCUCCCCAUUUUCUUUAAAGAUAUAAACCCCAAGCCCUGAAUUAAAGCCCAGAACUGCUCUAAACAGGAGUGGAUGCACCAACAGAUUUGACCAAGUUUUGCUUAAGUAUGUGGCUGCCUCCAUGCAGAUCUGACAGGAUAGGAAUGACAAUUAAACCAGAUAGACAUGCAGUAUAUUCUAUUUACAAAAUUAUUUCAGCUAUUUGGAUAAUCCUUUUUCCUGCCUUGCUCUUAUAUACUGCAUAUGCUCACUAUAUUUAGUGUGGCUUUUACCUAGACCAAUUUAAAUUAAAAAUACUUUUUGAAAGGCUGCUAUUGCAGUAUGAUUCACAAAAGCAGACCAAAAAGACCAAAGACUAAAUCAAUUCACACUUGUACUAGUAUUAAAAACAUAUAUGUAUCUCCAAUUACAUAUUUAUUGAAAGGCCUUACAUGAAGUAGGUGAUUAGAAACUGAACUUUGUUCUUGUUAAUUACCUGUUGCAUCACUUUUAGUGAGGAAUAUAGUGAUUACCAGUGUCUAGUGACUGAACUCUGUGCUUUACUGCAUUACCAUUCCUGGCAAUAAACAUUUUCAUAUCCAUCUUUUCAUUAUAGGAAAGAUGGCAGCGGUAUUUUAGGGGAAAGCAUGCUGAAGGCAGUAUGUGCAUAUAUUAAUUACUUUCUUAGAAACCAGAUCUUCGGGUUGCCUGUAGAAAUUUCACAUUAGAGGUACGGAGUUGAGCCUUCAGCAGAGCAGGAUCAUUUUGCAUAUCAUAUCAGAUGUGAGAGUGAUCUCCAGAGCCAUCUGAAGAGCCCCUAAUCCGUGCAGCCUUCCCUUGGCUGGCACGGCUGGGGCAGGGGACACAGCUGGCAUAUCCCCUGCUAAGCUGCUCCUUAACUGUGCUUGACCUCGCCGGGGCCUCGGCAGCGAGGCAGAGCUGCGCUGCGCUGCCGCACGACACGGGGAGCCAGCCCGUCCAGACCUGCCCCAAGAUGGAGAUGAUGCUGAAAUGAGCUGCGGGCACUCUUCUGCACAAAAGGUUGGGGCUCUGUGCCCAUUUCUGUCCAAAGAAGAUUUGUGACUAUUUCAUCAGUGGGUUUGCACUAAAACACACUUUGUACUAUAAUUCUGCCCAGUAUUGUAAUCCGCAGCUAGUUCAUUCCAGAAAUAAUAAUAACCUCAGGCAAUAAAUGAGUAGGGGUUAUUUCUUAAAGAGCCUGAGGCUCUGGCAGCAGACUUGAAGUCAGCGUUGUUUACAAGUAUUUGGAAAUCUGCAGGCUAGUGGAGGGAGCAGUGGGCUCCUGGCCCGGCUCCCAGACCACACCACGGCAGAGCUCCUGCCCCAGCCUCCCCUCGAGGCGCCUGCACCAAGGGAAGGCCACAGCCCUUCUCCCACAGGCUGUUGCACUCCCAGGCCAUAUAUAUAUAUGGUGGUUUUUUGUUUUUUGGGUUUUUUUCCUCGUUAAAUCUCACUGGUGCAAUAGCCCAGCUUAUUCCUCUUUUCGCUGAGGGAUCUGGAGUGAAAGCAGCUCAGCCAUGAAAGGUGCUCAGCCCACAAGGUCUCUGGCUUUGCAGUGCUACGCAGGCACGGAACCCGGCUUUUUAGGCCAGAGGUAGGUUUCCAAGGAGACAGUGUUAUCCAGCCGUGUUUCUUGUUUGCAAUAGUACCCUCAGCAGAGGAAGGAGUAGGUGUUAAAGUAGCAGAAUUAAAUGAGUUUCAUGAAGACAGAAAGACACAGCAGAGACCCAUUUUGCUGUGAGGGAUGCUAUGAAGUCAGCUUGUUCUGCACCGCAGUUGGGAAAGGGAGGGGGGGAGAUGUUGUUGACAUAGUAUGUAAAUUGUUACCCAGGUGUUCUAAACCCAGUUCCACAGUCAGAUGCAAUCUGACAAUAGACCUAAGUAGAGGUAAACAGAUAGAUAGAUAGAUAGAUAGAUAUUAUAUUAUAUUGUGGUACUUGUUCUGCUCCACAGUUCCCAGGGUAGGAGUGGGCCUUCUGUGUAAGACACAAGCUGAAAAGCCAGUGUGGUCCAACAUAACUGCUUUUGUGUGCAACAUGUAUCUGUAAAGUGCUGCUAUAGCAACUUCUGUGUAUCUGACAGCUGUAUGAGUACAAGUUAUGCAUCCGCCUUUGUGACAGAGGAACUACUUUAAGAGGCCUGGAACAUAGCUGGUCUGUGACCUGGCAGGAAGGUGCCUCUUUCCCAGCAGCAUCUGAGAAACAAGUAAUCACAGACCCAUUUACUUCUGCAUGUGCAGCUUGUAAACAGCCACCAGCCCCUCACAUUUUUGCCAUCAGGUGAACUUCAUCUCAGCAAUAAUCAGACUUGCCACGGCAGACAUCAGGAGAGGUGCAAAUGUGCACAAGUGCUUCAAGUGUAUCAACCAGUGAGAUGUUGCCAGGACGGUCCCAUAUUUGUCCUCUGCAUUAGCAAGUAUUACUGGCAUAGGAAUUGCAGUCCUAAAAGUCUCUGGUUCAGGCGUGGCAGGGAAGACAUGCAUGAGUAGAUGCCAUCGGCAUCAAUAGGAAUUACACACACUACCAGCACAGCACCACCAGUGCCCCUGCACUGGUUGCAGACAAAGUACUUUGCAAGGAAAAUUGACUCAAGCCUCAGAUUUGCUGUAGGCUUCCCAGGCGUUACAAAGCAGUGGUUGGAGAGGUGUUCUAUUGAACUGAAGUGCUCUGUGCGGUGCAGGAAAGAGUGUGGUUGUUUCAGAUUGGCACAUAAUUGGGGGGGUAAAUCCUCUAAGCUACAUUUGUUAAAAGUGCUCAUCAAAGCAGAAGCCUUGCCAAACUUACAUCCUACCUCUGUUCUGUACAGAAAAAACAAAGACAACUACUAUGGACAAGCCUGUGUACAAGCUGAUAAAUCUAAGAGAUCUACUUCCCUGAGCUCAGUAAGUAAUAUUUUGUAUAGCAGAGAGCUUGCCAUGCUUAAUGCUCAGGGUUUGAGACUAAGAACAUGAGAUUUAUAUCCCAUCCCUCAUAUGAUUAUUACAGAUGAUCAUAAGUAAUGGACGUUUGGGGAACAACAAGUGAAAUACCAAUUCUGUGAGUUUUAGCACUGGCUUCGGUCCAGCAGAGUUAUCUCAUUAAUUUAGAAAGAGAAAAAAGGCAUCGUUGCCUAAAUCAUCCAGGUAUACCCAUUUUCCUCUCUUUCCACCACAGGGUUAUUUUUCUUUGUGUUGGCAGGGUGCAUACAAAAGAAAAAUAAUUAGCUCCUAUUUUUCUCUUGUGCAGUGAAGGAGUAAUAUUUGCCCUUGCCUUUGACCAACAAGAAGGUUUGUAUAUUAUUAACAAAAAUGACUUUGCCUCCAGGAUAACAGAAGGAGAAGCCCAACAGGCCAGGGAACAACCCCCUCUCCCUGCCUUACCCUGUGAAAACUGUCAUUAGCUCCACUGGAGUUGUUGGUAUUUAGGAGCAUUUCCUCCAGUGGAGGAUCUGCCCACCAGUGUACUCAUUCUAUACAGGGAGUACAAGGGAGCUGCCUUAUUCCUGCAUGGCACAAGUACCCCAGUUCAUUUCUAUUGGUAACAGUUCAUGCUGCUGAUUAUCACAAUGCUUCAGAAGUGCUAAUUAUCUUUUCUUGGUAAUGACUAAUAAAUCCAAAUGGAGAACAGUCCUGGAGGGUGUUUACUUUAAAAUUCACUGGCCGGGUACCAAAGUAGGCACAGCACUGACUGCUCCAGUUUGAAUUACAGUUAUUAUACCAGAAAAAUGUUCAAUUUUUGGAGAGUCUUGAUGAAGACAAAGUUUGGUAGUUUAUAUUUCAUUUUAGUGACAGCAGAGUGGGGAAAGCACCCUUUUUAGUGAAAAGGCAUCACUACCAUGCUCUUUUUUUCAGCCAAAUAAACAGAGGUUUGAUAGUUGCAAUUUCAUCUAGGAGAGGAUGGCUUCCCAGAGCAACCAUGUUGCAGAGAGAAUUAUUUCUGACACACUUGUAUUACAGGCAUAUUUGACAAUUAUGCAUCGAGCAUGUACAACUCAGACAUCUCUCCCUCCUCCAGCACAGCACACAAUUGGCAAAAAGGGCUGCUUUAUGCUCAAAGGGACUACUGCAGUGCCCAUCUGGGUGCCCAUCAGCACCACCCCUGGUGCUGGCCUCUCACCGGUAAGGUGCCUGCUGCCACCAGCUGCACCAUCUUGUUUGCCAGCACCCACAGCUCAUGCUGGGUUAAGCAACUCUCUGGUUGUUCCCUAAGCCUGGCUCCAGGCAAUGGUCUGUUAAGUUGUCCAGUGCUGCAGGAUAUCAGGGCAUGGUCAGAUAGUGAGUUACUUUCUUAGAAAAGUGAUGGUGAAACAUCCGUCAGUUCAGUGGUGUUGGCAGAAGGGGGGGUAACCACUCGCCCAGCAGCUGCCCAGAGGGUUCCUCCAACUUUGCCUUUAAUGAACUGGCUCGUGCCUUCAGCUCCAGCAAACCAAGGCAGGUUCCCAGGUAACUGGAUGCUAAAAGAUCCAGCUUAGUUCGCCACAGAAACGCAUGCCAGCCUGUAGCUUAAACCACUGAUAGGGACGUGACACCUCACCAUUGCAGAGCGUUGUGAUGCAAGUAAGAACCUCCCCAACCCAGUGCACAGCGAGGUGCUCAUGCAGGUGUUUCCUACCCACCAUUGAAAAACAUGGCUGUCAGAACUGUAUUUCCAUGUAGCUUGACUUUUUUUGUCAUUGGAGGAUAUUUUCACCAGAUUAAUAAAGUUGACCCUGUGGAAAACAAAAA